AUGGACUCGGGAGAAGUCGGGACAACCCGGGCCAAAGAUGCAAUCAUCCCCCAGGCAAAUUUCCAAGUGCAGCCCGGCUUGUUCCGGGAAAUCCCGCCGGCAGUGGAGCUCUCAGCCUAUGACAUCGUGCGCAUUAGCAGCCGCCCCCUUUCCCAGCCAAACCAACUAAGUCUAGGACACCCGCCGCCCAGGACACCGCAGCCGACCCCCCCGAUCAAGCCUAUUCUCCAGCUUGUUCCAAGCCCUAUCUUACGCCUAUCCAACCUCGCAAACAAACCCCACCAACCCCCUUCCCCCUUCCCCCUCCCCCUCCCCCUCCCCCUCCCCACUCCCCCCUAUACCUCCAGAGCAUGA